AUGGUACUGAGCAGGAUAAACGGCUCGGAAGAGCUGUUUGUGGGAGGCAUCUUCGGCGUCACACGCCCCCGCGUCAUCACCGAGCACAAAAUCACCCACGUCCUCUCCGUCAUCAAAUACUCGCUCGACAGCCUCCAAAAUGAAGCCUACCGACCCCUGCAGCACAUGUCCAUCGACAUUGACGACAUGGACGACCAGGAUAUCCUGGUGCAUCUGCCCAAGAUGGUGAGGUUUAUCCAGCGGGGGUUAUACGGACACGACUACACCGAGGAGAAGCAGCAAGACCAACAAGAACAACAACAACAAGAAGAAGAAGAAGAAGAGGCGGCAAAGGGAGCGGUGCUGGUUCACUGCGCCAUGGGGAAAUCCAGGUCUGUCACGGCCAUAGUGGCGUAUUUGCUAUGGAAACAUCCACAUCGGUUUGGGCUUGGGAACGGGGCGGUUGAUGCCAAGGAGGCGGUCGCAAAGGCGGUGCAGUGGGUGAGGGGGACGCGGCCGAUUGCUGAGCCGAACGAGGGGUUUAUGGAGCAGUUGGAGCUGUGGGUUGAGAUGGGGUGUCCGGCCGGGAGUGAUGAUGCGGUGGAGAAGGAGGUCAAGUAUCAGAGGUGGUUGUAUAAGAAGGAAGUGGAGACGGCCGCGGCGGUGGGGAGGGCGCCGGAUUGGAUCCGGUUUGAGGACGAGGAGGCUGAAAAGGAGCAACAGAAACAAGACGAAGAGGGAGGAGGGGGGGCGUUUGAGUUGAGAUGUAAGAAGUGUCGGAGGAGGCUGGCGACGGAGCCGUUUGUUGUGCCGCAUCAGGGCAGGGGGAAUAAGGCCAAGGAGGAUUGCCCGCACUACUUUGUGGAGGCCUUGUCAUGGAUGAGGGAUACACUUGAGCUGGGGGAACUGGAAGGGAGGCUCAACUGCCCGCAUCCAAAGUGCGGGUCAUCAGUGGGGAGGUAUUCCUGGAGGGGUUUCAAGUGCAGCUGCGGGGAUUGGGUAGCCCCGGCCUUUUCCCUGCAGCAGAGCAAGGUUGACAAGGUCGCCGUGAUGGGCGCAGGGAAGAAUGGCACGGCCGGAGCGAACGAGAUAGCGAGCCGGAUGGCUGCGCUGGGAAUACGGAUGCCUCCGGGGCAGAGGGCAGAGAACCUUUGAGAAUCUCCUCUGAUCUAGUUACCUCCCACCAGGUCAAGGCACACCGCCAAGCACACCAUCGCAUCACAAAAUCCGCGGUUCGGAUGAUCCGAGGGAUAUGUUGCAAUUUUGGUAGUGCGAGACGGCAUGCACGGGUGGCAGAUGAACAAACACACAUGCACACAGACACACACACACACACAUUGUCCGACCCGUGGGUAAGUGCACCAGCUGAGUCUAUUGUGACGGUAGACGAUAUCUGUUUCAGUAGACGAGCAUUUGCCGUGGGGGGAACGAGGCACUGGUGUAACCGAGUUCAUUGUGGAAGAGGGUGCAGUGGUGAUGUGGAAGAAAGGGGUUGAUAUCAUGUGGGGGGUUGCAUUUGAUGGUCUGUGUUGACCACCUUGCAUGUGCUGUUUCCUCUGAUUCUUCUCACUCGGGAUAGGAGCGGAGCGGCACUCCAGAAAUAUUGAACUAGUCUGUUUGAUUUUCGCAGUAUAGCCUUCACAGCCUUGGUUCUAGGCAGAUGGCUAACUUUGCGGCUCUGCUCAUGAUGGAGAUGCCAAACCUGGUUUGGUAAAGCAGGGUCAUGGUAUUUAUGUCAUGGCGUCGUCACUUUGCUGGCUUCCCGCGCCGGGUAGGCGGGUUCACGGUUCAACAUGUCAGCCCAGAUCACGUUUCCUCCCGAGCAUGUCGCCAUUUUGAUUGAGUGAACCUUACCGGUCCGAGGCUUCCACACUUGUUGUCUCAUAUGCAUGACAACUCGGAUCUUUCUUGGUUUCUAUGACGACUUCUUGUUCUUUUGGCUCCCGCCGAUCACCCAUCACCCAUUCACCUCGGUACCCGUCCCACCCGUUCAUCCUCUUCCAUGAUAAUACCCUAGAACAAAAGGAAAAGGGGUGGGUGAGACUGAUCAUAGCCGUUGCGGUUUGACGUGCGUGGAAAAAAAAAAAAAGCCUGUCGUUGAUACCACCUGAUCAUAUUAGAAGAUGACAAGUCACAUUUUGGCAACGGAGAUGCAAGAUAUUGUGUGAUGUGAGAGGGGGAGGUGGGCAGAGAGCAAGGUUUGAUGAAAUCGAUCGAGGGUAAGCACUAG